AUGAGUGUAUCUGGAAUAGCGCCGUAUCCUACCCCAAAGCAAAGAUCUAUCCUCGGAUCAAUAGUACCAUCUGGAUCUAAACAUCAUGGAAGAAAUGCCAUCCCAUUAACUUUAAUAUUGAAUUUACAAACAUUAUUAAAGAAAUCGGUAUUUAGUAGAAAGUUUUAUCAAGAAAUAAAUGAUAAGAUUCUUAAUAAAACAGCUACAGUUGAUGCUAAUUUAUAUUUCUUAUGUUAUUUCACUUUAUUGGUAUCAGCAAUAUUGAAUAAUAAAUCAAAAAUCCUUUAUUGGUUAAAAUUACAGAAAUUUAAAUUAUUUCAAGUAUUUAAUAAAGUAAAUCAAUCAAUUGGUGGUAAUGAUUUGUCUCAAUCGGAAAAUAAAUCAAUUAAUAAACAUUUUGAAAAACCAAUUUAUCAAGAAGGUUCAAAAUCAAAUUUAGCCAUCCAUUUGAAAUCAAUUAGUUCCUAUUUAGCUGACAUAAGAAUAUUCGCUAGAUUGACCGAUUCAAUCAAAUAUAUGCCAUGGAUCAUUGAUGAGUAUAAGGCUUAUACCAACCCUCUGGCUAGUUCUCCACCAAGAGCAGAUCGUCUUAUAAAUUUAAUCCAAUCAUUAAACUGUCUUGUUCUUGAAUUAUUAGAAAAUGCCGGGUGGUUAACUGAUCAUAAUUGGGUUGGCACUUCAGAUAAUGCCUGGUGGUCAUUUGAAACAUAUAUCUGGUGUUCAUGGGUUUGGGGCGCAUAUCUUGUAAUUGAUAUCGUAGAAAUGAUUAGAAGAACCCCAAUUAAACAAUGGGAUAGAAAUUGGAAAGUUGCUUUAUUUAGUUCAGUAGUUCAAAUGCCUUUGGUUUUACAUUGGAGUUUGAGAAAUGGAUGUUUGACUCCAUUCUGGGUAGGAUUAUGUGGUAGUGGUGCAUCUUUCUUUAAAUUCAAAGAUUUGUGGUCAACUCUUGAGUUGUAA